GUCGACACUCACGUCACCGCCACAAUGUCAGAGACGAAUCCUCACAUCAAUGAAAAGGUGACGCGCUCCGCGGCGACGCGUGUUCGCUCCCCUGUCAGCGCGCGCUCCGGCCGCGCCGCCGCGCAGCAAUCAGGUGGUGAAAUGUAGCUCAACUUAACGCGGGCAGGCUCUGCUGGAGAAAUAUGAGCGGACGAUGGAGAGUCCACCUCUAAUGAUGCCGAUCGACAGCCCGCCGGGACCGACUCGAUCCGAUCAGCCGCAAUGAGCGCCUCCUUCCCAAAAUCUGACUCCACGACCUCCUUACUGAAAUCAUCUUCGAGGAGACCGACACACCUCCCCGAGCAGCCGGCGGAGAGCCGCAGAAGUCAACAUCACCAUCAGCAUCAGCACCAGCACCAGCAUCACCACCGUCCCGCCGCACUCCAGAGCAGCGGCAGCAAAGCGGAGGACUCCUUCUGGUCGGCCGACUGCGACGUCAGCGCGCGGAGACCCCUGUGCCACCCGUCCCUGGUCGGCAGCCAGGACGCCGGCAGCAACGCAGCCACUCGGGGCAAGUGCAAGUCACAUGCUCCCCACAGCCAAGUUCCCGUCCAGCCGGAGCCCAACGGCGAGGCCGGCCGGGGGGUGAGGGAGCGCUGCAGGACGUCCAAACCCGCCCACCGUCACCACCACCACAGGAAGCACAACCGGGAGGACCGCGCGCCGGCGGCGGGACCGCCCGAGCCCGAGCAGCCCCGCCGCUGCCACGCGCACAGCCGCCAGGUGCCGCGGGUGCCUUCUCUGUCGGACAGCAACGACGACAGGGCCCCCCUCUGCGAGCCCCGGGGCCACAAGGGGGCCAGCGUGCUCAAUAACGGCAGCGGCGGCCGGGCUCCGGUCAGCAGUCCGUCCCCGUCCUCCUGCUCCGUGGUGCCGCUGUCCAGCAGGUCCUCCCGCCGCUCCCGGAGGUCCAGCGCCGCCUCUUCUGCAUCCGACAUUAAUUUACGCACCAUCCUAAAUUCACUCUUUGGGCAGGACAGAGAGCUGCGACCAGAAGAAAUGGAUGAGUUGCGGGAUGCUUUCAAAGAGUUCGACAAAGACAAAGAUGGUUUCAUCAGCUGUAAAGAUCUGGGAAACUGCAUGAGGACCAUGGGAUACAUGCCCACUGAGAUGGAGCUGAUCGAGUUGAGCCAACAAAUAAACAUGAACUUGGGCGGUCAUGUGGAUUUUGACGAUUUUGUGGAGCUGAUGGGUCCAAAACUUCUCGCAGAAACAGCAGACAUGAUUGGAAUAAAGGAGUUAAAAGAUGCAUUUAGAGAAUUUGACACAAAUGGAGAUGGUGCAAUAAGCACAUCGGAGCUUCGGGAUGCAAUGAGGAAGCUACUGGGCCAACAAGUCGGUCUCAAAGAAGUAGAAGAUAUCCUAAGAGAUGUGGACUUGAACGGUGACGGCCUUGUUGACUUUGAAGAAUUUGUGCGAAUGAUGUCUCGCUGAAAUGGUGAAAAGAUCAGUCCUGAAUGUGAAGCUGUGUCCUUCUCUUAACCAGACAAAGUACAACUAAGGACACACUAAAUUCUUCUGAGCCAUCCAAAUCUGAACGACACUGGAAUUAAAUCUCCUUGAAUGUUAUGGACCGAGUAGUCACCUCACACUUUCACUCAAUAAGUGUUCUUCCUGAAAAGUCUCUAGUUCAACUGAGGCAGAAAUUGCUGUAGCCUAGCUGAUGAUUGUCUAAUUUAUGUUUUAUUGCACUUUAAUUCCCACUGAAAAAAAAAAAAAAAAAACUUCCCAUGUGUACAGAUCGCUGGUGUCUUGUCUCAUCCUCUUUGUGGUUUAGUGUCUUGCAAGAUGUCGCCUUUGAUGUACAACAGCGUCACAAUGAGACAUUGAAUGUCUUUAGAAAAUACGACUGAGAUCAGUGCACUGAUGAAUAUCUCACUCUGUGUUAACGGUACGUGUUAUGAUAGAAGCUGUAAGUGGAGCAACCGUUGUCUGACAUCGGCGCUGCACUGAGGAACCUACGUAUGUGGCAAUAGCACACCUGUAUUGUAGCUGUGUGACUGUCUGUGAUAUUUCACUGUGCCUGUCCAGUUUGUUACGAGCUUCUCUGUCUGACAGGAAGAUCACCGAUACUAAUGACAACUUAACUCUGAAAUGCCUUUCAUGUGUGUUAUUCGCUCAUCUUAGAUUCAGGGCAGGGGAGAUAAACAGUAUAUAACGACAGGAUGUACAGAUUUUUCAAAUGUUUGAAGCCAGAGAACCAAAGUGCUCGCUCACACUAACCUGCUGUCUGCAGCAACAUGGAGCAUCUCCGAACUUCCAGUCAUUUAAUAGUCACAGGUUUGAAUACCCAGAGUCUUUAAUGUAGCUUUGGGAACAAGUAAUGUCUAUUUUUAGAAGAACCCACUUUGCCCUGUCUGAGAUGAAAUCGUAGGAAUGACAUGUGUGAACUGUGUUGACAGUGAUUGUGAUCACGACGUACCUGUACUGUAUGUCAGUUCAUUCUGAUUGUCUUUGUGGGAAUGUUUUACACGUCUGUGUCGUCAAAGAGAUUUUUAUGCAUGCCAAAGAGAGACAUUUAUUAAAUUCAGUAUGCACAUUUGACAAGUUAAAACAAAUAUUUCGCCAAGUUAACUGUAGAGAAAUAAAAAAGGUGUUUACAUUUG